ACCGUUGUUACCUCUCCAACGCCCGCGCUCAUCACUUGCGACUUGAACCGGACCGCUAAAGCACCCGCCUCGAAAAAAGUCCGACGACAAAGCGACAUCAAUCAAAAAAAAGUCCCAGCCUAUGCCUUCAAUGUGCCUGCCCGCAUAGCCAUGCUGACUCCAAGUGCGCCCGCGCUCUUUUUAUUUAUCACGGUGUUGGGCACACGGCCAGAGGCCAAUCGCAGACGACAAUUAUCAAAUUACACCGACAGUGAUAUAAGCAGCACCAAACAAAGAUAGCAAGGAUUCUUGGGCGACAUGCGUCUGGCACCACAAUGCUGUCAGCAACACGCGUGUUCCGCAUCGUGUACAAAACCUUUUACCUCCUCCUUUACAUCCUCUUGCUUAUUCUCCUACUCGGUUCACCGGCGGACAUCAUCUACCAGUCGCUAUGGGUGCCACCGAAACACGAAUACUUUGUCAUUGUGCUGUCGGCAGCAUACUUUGUAACGAUCUUUAUCGUCUCCUUUGUUUACUCGAUGCGACUAUGGAUCAACCGGGGAGUCUUGGCUGCCAUUCCGAGGUCGAGAAUUCCGAUCGAUAAAGGCGACGUGCCAUCCUCGAUUCGCAAGGAGAUCGUCUCUGGGCUAAGUCGGAGUGCUUCUAUUGCCUUUGAUGCACGACCGCGGGUUCUUCCACCUUCGUUGUCUGCCCCAUUUGGGGCUCACGUCGGUCAAUACGGACGGGGACAAAACGAAUCAUCUACAGGAGUUGCGUCGGAUGGGGGUCGGUCGGGGACCCCGCAAGAAAAGCAGAAGAAGCGGUUCAAAUUUCCGACGUUGAAGAAGACAUCGACAGUUGGAACAGAAGUGGGAGUCAACUUCCCCCCGCCCAAACCGGUCUGGGGGGAGAUCGAGCACAAUGGCUGGGGCUCCCCGCUUUCACCGGACUUUCCUACGCUUGAGUACGCCACAGUUAUCUCGGAGCUGGCCAAUCUUAUCGAGGCCAAGGCGGUCACGUUGGCGCCAGAGGUUCCCCUAUCCGCGACUGCUUAUGAGUCGAGCAUGGGGCCGGAUGGGCAACAACUAGGACACGCGCAUGGUCUAGGAAUGCGGGACCCAGGAGCAGUCGCACUCCUCCAACGGGGGAGUUUGGGUAUGCGUGACUAUCUCGCGAGCCUCGCGGAGCUUGGAGUCCUGCCUCCAUCUCAAACGGCGGCCCAGUUUCUUGUCGCAUACGAGCAUGCGCGCUUCUCGACACGACCGCUUUCAGCACGUCGCUUUCGCGAAGUAAUGCAACUAUUUGCAGAGCUCUUGCGCUCGAUGGUUCCAAUCGACCCGAUGUCGCUCUCAAGUCCAUCUAUGUCGAUGCGGACAGACAGCUCGGAAACUACGGGAUCAUCUGGGUCUGAGAGCAGCAAGGCGUCUCAAAUCAGACAUCGUCACAGGCGCCGCCGACAAAUGCGGCAUCCCCACGCCGUUAGCGCGGGGGCACGCGCCUCUUCAUGGCAGUACAAAACUGCUCCUACCACUCCCAAGGACCUAAGAAUGGCCCCAGGAAAGUCUCCUUCGGCCAGGACAAUGGCCACUGCCGCUGCACUUGAGGCGGCGUUCUCGUCACUACCAUCAUCCUCAUCCUCAUCACCACGACUAGCGGCAUCUCCAGACAGACUGUUCAGGAGCAAUUCUCGCAACAGCAUUGCCAGUUUUGCACAGAGCAGGCAUCCCUAUCCAAAUAGCCAAGCUUCAUCGGGGAGUUUAAGGUCGCUAGCUUCGGCGGGAUCGGUUGUUGUCCGUAUUGGUGUCACCGGCGAUUAG